AUGGAAUUGCACCUUCCUCAACAUAAGAUUCUCAAAUUGAAGGAAAAAAUUGAGGAAAAGGAAAGAAUCCCACCUCAGCAGCAAAGGUUGAUAUAUGGAGGCAAACAGAUGUAUAUCCCUUCAACGCUUUAUCGUAGGAAUGAUGAUAAGAUUGCCUCAGAUUACCAUAUUGAGGGGGGCUCCGUAUUGCAUCUGGUUUUGGCUUUGAGAGGCGGCUAA